GCGAGGCGGGGCGCGCGCGGCGUCCGUUGAGGGACCGUUGGGGCGGGUGGCGGUGGCGGCGGCGCGCGCUGCGGGCAGAGUGUGGAGGCGCGGACGCGCGGCGGAGCUCGAGCUGCUGCAGCUGCUGCCGCCGCCGGAGGAACCUUGAUCCCCGCGCUCCGGACACCCGGGCUUCGCCAUGGCCGACCAGCUGACCGAGGAGCAGAUCGCAGAGUUCAAGGAGGCCUUCUCCCUUUUUGACAAGGACGGAGAUGGCACUAUCACCACCAAGGAACUGGGCACAGUGAUGAGGUCCCUGGGACAGAACCCCACCGAGGCAGAGCUGCAGGACAUGAUCAACGAGGUGGAUGCAGAUGGGAACGGGACCAUCGACUUCCCGGAGUUCUUGACCAUGAUGGCCAGAAAGAUGAAGGAUACCGACAGCGAGGAGGAGAUCCGAGAGGCCUUCCGUGUCUUUGACAAGGAUGGCAAUGGCUACAUCAGCGCGGCGGAGCUGCGUCACGUAAUGACGAACCUGGGUGAGAAGCUGACCGACGAGGAAGUAGAUGAGAUGAUACGAGAGGCUGACAUCGAUGGAGAUGGCCAGGUCAACUAUGAAGAGUUUGUACAGAUGAUGACCGCAAAGUGAAGGCCCGGGCAGCUGGCGAUGCCCGUUCUCUUGGUCUCUCUCUUCUCGCGCGCGCACUCUCUUCAACACUCCCCUGCGUUCCGGUUCUAGCAAACACCAAUCGGUUGACUGAGAAUCUGAUAAAGCCACAAAAGAUUUGUCCCAAGCUGCAUGACUGCUCUUCCUCCUUCCUCCCAGUCUCCUCCCACGCCCCUCAUCUCUCCCUUUGCCUUCCCCCCUCCAUUGACCUCUGCCGGGGCCUGACGCUUGUAUAAGAUGAGGCCCCUCCCCCUGGGGGAGCCUCUGCCCUCCUCCUCCGGCCCGGGUGGCUCUCAUCUCUUUCGGUUUGUUUCCUUCCGUUUGUCAUCUUCUUUUGGGUGCUGGGGUGGCUGCCAGCCCUGUCCAGGGACCUGCUUGGGAGGGGACAAGGUCCUCACCCAGGCGGAAGAGCACGCCUUUGUCUUUGCAUGCAACCAGCCCUGUGAUUCUGUGUGCAAAUCCCAGCAGCCUUUGGGGCAGAGGUGCCGAGAAAGGUGUUCCAGAAGGACUGAGGGGCUGAGGCGUUGGCUGGAUGUGGCCCUAGAGGGGGUUGAGGCGCAAGGGAGUCUUGGAGGCUGGCGUUCUUUUACUUGAGGGGCCAACUCAUAGAAGGGGACAGACCAAGUGGACAGCUCUCAGACCCCACUGGCUGCUGUUCUGAAACCACCUGAUUGGCUUCCUGACAUUGGGCUGGUGGGGGCUGCUCAGCUGGCCACUCUGCAAACCGUACCUGCCCUUGUCCCUAAAGCAAUCUCAAGCUGUUCUGUAAAUACUUGGUGCUAACAUCCCAUGCCACUCCCUCAUGACACCCGCCCACCCACAUUGAGGUCCCCUCGUGGGAACUGGUGUGGGGAUGGUCGCUUUGUAAUGUGCUGGUUAUCCUGUUGUUUUAGUUUCUGCCCCUGGAAACUUUUUUAAGUCUUGUCAAAAACCAUGCCAGGCUAGCUGAAGGGUGGAGAGAGAGAAGAUGCGCCCCCCCCCCCCGCCCCCUCGAGAGAAAAUACCUGCAAUAAACAACCCUGUGGCUAGCGGCUAGCUGCCCGGAGGACCGGCGGCCGAGGGCAGCUCUGCGUCCUGGCCCGCCGGCCCCUCCCGCUUCUCCGUGGUGACUUGGCAGGCUCCCUCCCAUCUGCGCUGUCUCUGUGCCCUCCUCUGCCCCGCCGCCCCUCGCCCCCCUGCCUGCCCCCACACUCCCCCAGCGGAGAGCAUGAUCCGUGACCUCGCUUCUGACUUUCGCCUCUGGGACAAGUAAGUCAAUGUGGGCAGUUUGGUCGUCUGGGUUUUUUUUUUUCCUUUUCCCUUUUUCUGUUCAUUUCAUCUGCCCCCACCCCCCACCCCCAGGUCGAUCAAGUGGCUUUUCCUGGGACCUGCCCAGCUUUGAGAAUCUCUUCUCGCCCACCCUCUGGCACCCACCUCCAGGGGAAGGGAGGGGAGGGGAGGGACAGAGCAUAGUGGGAGACCCAGCCAAGAGCUGAGGGUAAGGGCAGGUAGGCGUGAAGCUGUGGACAUUUUCGGAGUGUUUUGGUUUUGGUUUUGUUUGGUUCUUUUUUUUUUAAACCGGGCAAUAUUGUGUUCAGUUCAAGCUGUGAAGAAAAAUAUAUAUCAAUGUUUUCCAAUAAAAUACAGUGA